UGCUGCUGUCUAUGCCAGGCUUUGGCCGACGAGCGUCGUCGAGUCAGUGCGACUCGUGAUUUCCGUGCGAGCGCCGGCCUCGCGUACGUCGAGACGGUGCCGUGUCUUCUCGGCCGGUCUCUUCCUUUAACGAGAGACACGCGAACAAAAGGAAGAAAGAAAAUUUCUAUCCAAAUAUUCGUAAAAAAAAAAUAGAUAAAUAGGAAAGAAAAUCAAAACAAAUAAACGAACGAACAAAAAAAAAAAAAAAAUAUAUAUAUAUAUAUAUAUAUAUAUAUAAAAGAAAAAAGAAAGAAAGAAAAGGAAAAGCAAUUAUCAAGAACAGCAAUUUUUUUCGUACAUCGUACCGUGAGAUGAAUGGACCUAAAGAGGAUCAGGUGAUUCAGGUUGUAGGGAAAAUCUAUUGAUCUUGAUAAGAUUACAAAGGAUAGCUAGCUCUAAAUCGAUAAAGCUAAAGAAAACGGUUCAGUGAUCCUUUUCACGCAAAGAAAGAGAGAGAGAGAGAGAGAGAGAGAGAGAGAGAGAGAGAGAGAGAGCGUCUGUGCUUUCAGAGAAUUUAGAUCUAUAGAAAGAUCGUGGGUGGAUGCUGGAAGCUCCUCUCGAUCGAUUCUCGGUGAAGAGACGCGUGGGUGGUAGGAUCAUCGUGUUAAUUGUUAGUGAUCACAAAGGGGCCAGUGAUCGCGAUGUUAACGUUCAUCGUUUAUUAUUAAUAAAAACGAAAAGAUUUUCGUUAGCUCAUUUGCGAGUGAGGUUAAGGAAAGUUAGACAAGUAGAUUGAGACAAGAGAAUUAAAAUAAAAAAAGAAAAAAAAAAAAAAGAAAAAAAAUAUAAAGAUAAAAAAUGCCUCGAUCCUUGACGGGACUCCGUCGAAUUGUGUACAUUACGAGUUAACGCCUUGCGCGGUUUCCUCGUCGUUUUGAGACGACUUAAGGACUGUCUUUGGGAUGGUUACGUAAACGGGCGCCAAGCCGAAAGGUGAUUUCUCGUGAAAGAGGAGAAAGAAGAUUACCGAAAAGCGAAUUGGCCAAAAAAAGAAAAAAAAUUCCACUCUCGUGGGAGCGCGUCAAAAAUACUUUCGUAAGAGAUUUACGAAAGUGUUUGAUGUUCAUUGAAAAGGAAUUAAAAAAAAAAAAAAAGAAAGAAAAGCGAAGAAAAGAAAAGGAAAAAAAAACGAGUCUCAUAGGAUUAAAGGGAAUACGGUAUAAAAUUCUAGUUAGCGAUGAGAAGAGGAGAAAUCGGCAAACGAGUACGAUCGAACGCGAGGCGGUAAAUCGUCGUCGUUCGUUGCUCGUCAACGUCGUCAGUAGAUACGUAUACGAGACAAUCGCUAUUAUCAGGUGUUUCAGUCUCGGCUCAGAGUCAAGAGCGAUAACCUCGUGAGUGUUGGCGAAUCGAAGUAAACAUAGGAGAGAUCGAGAUUGCGGUCGAUUUAUCGAUCGAUCGAUCUAUCGAUUGGCUCGAUUCUUCCUCAAUGUCGAGUAAAGAUCUAUUCUCUUUAGGCGAGAAGUAAUAUCAAAGAAAAUUGACCGAGGCUAAGAGAGAAUCUUGAAGAGAAAGAGUUUCGAAGGGAAGUCUGGAAGCUAUUGAUCGGAAGGAAACGUCGUAUAUCUUGGCAGUAAUGCGCACAAAUUAUGCGUCUUGCGGCUCCGUCGAGCGACGGCCACUGAGAAGAAGCACGGAGUUACGCGUUUACACUUACGGAUAAUCCAUUGGUUCUUUCUCUCUCUCUCUCUCUCUCUUCCUCUCCCUCUUCCUUUUCCUCUCCCUCUUAUUUUCCUUUCUCUUUUUAUCCUCCUCACGCUGCUUUUCAAGAUCUUCUUAUUAUUCUUCGUCCUUUAGCUUUAUCCUCCAUCUUUUUGGUUGCAGCAGCAGACUUUCGCUCGAUCCAAGAACCUCUUCUCUUCUCUUUUCUUCUCUUCUCUUCUCUUCUCUUCUCUUCGUUUCUUUCUCUUCUUCUCCUUCCUUUCUUCUUUCCCUCGGCCGUCCGUCCAAUCGAGCAAGACGUCGCUUCGAGCGCCGUUUAUUCGCGAAAUUCCACCUUCAACCCCAAGACGCCUCCGCGCCGAGUUCCUAUGACGCAUUCAAGUUCCUCCACGAAGAUAUACCAUCGACGGCCACGGAUACUUCUUGGUCACUUCGUCUAUGCUCUUCGAUGAAGAAUAUAGUUCGUUACGAAACAAUCGAGUCGAAUAAAUUUAAUUGUGAUUAUGGUGCCUUCUUCCAAAGUCAAGUCAAGCAAAUCGUUAGUGUGAACUAUGUACGAAGGUUGAAUUUUCGCAAAAGUGUUCAAUAUUAAUAUCUCGCGAGAAACGUCAAAGAAAAGAAAAAGAAAAUUGAACGAGAGGAGGACGAGAAGAGGAAGAAUCCUUUCGGAAUAUAUUCACGGAGGGCUGAAGUGCACCUGCGACUCACGUCACGGAAUUUCCUCUUUCGUCCACCGUGAUCGGUGCGGUAGUCAUGUCACGGCCGAAUCGACCCGGCGGAUCACGAGAAAUCGACGUGGAGGAGCCCGGAGAAACGGAUUAUCGGCCGGCCAUCCUUGGAUUUCGAACCGAGUGAAAUCGCACGCGAGAGAUCGCCGUUCGAUAAUAACAAUCGAGGAUCGAUACGUGAAUUCGAUCCACAAGCUUGGAACCUACGGCCUCCCCGCUGGCCUGGCCAGCUACUAUGCGAAUUGAAGCUCUCAGCGCCCUCGUCGCGGUGGUUUGGCUGACCGCAGUCCUGUGCCCGCGGCUUGCUGCCGCCAACCUCACUUUAUCCUUUUCCUCUCGUAGAUCCAGAGAGCAUCCCUUCAGAGGACAUAUCUCUCGCUGGACGGUACCAUUGGAAGACACGAACAAGCGAAUGACGUACCGUGAGAUGCAGAUGGUUCUGCGCCAGGAGGGAGGCGAAGAUGGCCUCGCAGUCGACUGUUGUCCCACGAUAGAGGAAAUGGUCGAGCCCGUUGGCGGCCGAAAUCGGCAAGAUAUGUACGUCGAGCUCUAUCGAGACGGCGAAAAUGCCCAGAGGUUCUUCGAGUACUCCUGCAGGCCAGACGUCCUCGAUAAGCCCUGCAGGUUCGUUGACCGGAAGCUUAGUAACCAGUCGAGAUGCGUGCAGAAAUUCUCAUACACCUACGCUAUCGUCGAGAAUCCUGGAACGAAGGGAGGCUCCGAAGAACAUAGGAGGCACCAUCACAGGGAACACAGAUUUCCAACGUUUCCUGGAAACACAGUGAGCGGGUCAACGUGGACGUUGGACUACAUCAGGGUAAGAAGCGGCUGCAGCUGCGAGAUCAUGCCGAAGCCGAAAAAGAAGAAACCCAUGGCGACAAAGGCGAGAAAAGUGAAGAGCAAAUUGCGCCAACAAAGAGAUCAAGACUCAGACUUUGAGACGUGAGACUCGUGUUUGGUCGAACUGCAAUAUGAAAGAUAAAAUGUUACCAGUGGUCGGUUCGCUGAUCGCAGACAAAAAAAAGACGUUUUAACACGAGUAACGCCAUAUUUUCGAUGUUAUUCCGUUUAUAUAUAUAUAUAUAUGUACACACAUACACACACACAAACACACACACACACAUAUAUAUAUAUAUAUAUAUAUAUAUAUAAAACAUCGUACAUCGUUUAAUAAUUUCGUAUUCGCUUAACCAUUGCAUAUUUAUUGAUACUAAUUUACAUUGAAAUAUUGAAAAGGAAGUCGAUUCGUAUCUUUGUACUACCAUAAACGAAUGAUGAAUUAAACGUAAUAAUGUCGAAUGUGUUACAAUCGAAAUACGUUUCCUAACUCGAAAUACAUCGUCUACUUAAUUUAAUAUCUUAAUCGUAAGAACGAUUAUUCUAUUUCUUAUUGUUCUCUUUUUAUUUUUCUUUCUUUCUUUUUCUUUUUCUUUUUUUUUUUUUACUUACUCGACAAAUUUAUAUUAUGUAUUUUCUAUGUGCAUAUUAUAAAAUUGUAUCUAUUUUUAAUUAAGGAACUAUCUAUAAGAAAAAAAAAUACGAUUAGUUAUAACGUUUAAGGUAUUUGUGUUUCAUAGAUCUGGGCCGCUUCCUGUUUUAAUUCUUUUGUUUUGUUUCUUCCUUUUUUUUUAUUUUUAUUUUUAUUUUUUGUUUUUUUUUUUUUUUUUUCGUUCAAUAGGAAGACUUUUUUUCUCUUUCAAGAAGAGCCGAACGUAGUUUCUCUAGAACACACGCACUUAUUUAAUUCUUUACAAUUAUAAUAUUUAAUUAUGAUUAUUAGAUGUUCUUUCAUAAGGUGCUGUAUAAAGAAAUGAAAUGGUAUAGAAAGCGAGGUGUUGACUUUGCGAUAGCCAUGACAACUAUUAAUAAAUCUGAUUACUUUAAGGACAUAAAUCAAAAGUUACUUUCGUUAGAUGUGAACUAAAGUAUUGUUUCUUUUUUUUUUUUUUUUUUUUUUUUUUUUUUUUAUUUGAGCAUAAGUAUAUGUAUUAGUCGAUUUCUAAAGAAAUGUAUCGUAUCGUUUAAGUGUAUAUGUAUGAUUGUAUGUAUAUGUAAUAAUUCAGAUCAAUCUAAUCUCAAUAUUUUAUAAUAUUCGGUUUAUAAUAGGUUCAUAUUGUCAUUUGAAAAUUAAAUUAAAUGUUUUUACUAUUCGAAAAUGAACGUGUAUGUGUAUGUAUAUAUAUAUAUAUAUAUGCAUAUGUACAUGAUAAACGAUCGAUACAUUUCUAUACCUAUAGUAUUUUUAAUUAACGCAGAUCCUUAAGUAUUCGUACUGUUCUACAUUAUCGUAAUUGUCGUAUUAAUAGAUUUAAUAAACUGGCUUCGGCUUAAUUAUAUUCAUGUAUGAUACAUAAAACAUAGGGCUGACAGAAUAUUUUCUGUAUUGCCAUGUAAACAUUGUACAUAAACGUCAUUAAAUACAGUUGUUAUAAAACA